AUGUGCUCGCCACAUCAAGGCCGAAACAGAGUGAGCCCCUUAUGCCGCUUCGGCCGCCUCUUUGAAGCUUCAGACGCCCUCGACCAGAUCCAUGCAAUAUUGAACAACACCACGGAGGAGGACACUAUCGACGUCGACGAAUUAAUCUCGGCCAUUCAGACAUCAGUAAACCUUCAAGCCCUACUAUGUGAAGAGAUCGGAGACGAGAACCAACUUUACGCUGGCGGACUCAACCUUUGUCAAAUCGGACUGCUGCUGACCUUCGAGCAUGGUACCAAACAGCCUCCUGCCCCCGACGGCAGUGCGCACUCCAGCUCUGAGGCAACCACAUCCCUCUUCACAAUUCUGUCCAGUCUCACUGACUCAGUUGAAUUGUUCACGCUGGACAUACCAACCAUUGACUACAACUGCCUCCCACCCUUCGUGGUCUUCCUAGCUUACAAAGCGGCCGCACUGGCAACGCAAAGGUUGUGGCUAGACAAAGACACGAACGAAGGACUGAGAAAGUUGAGAAUACUGAGGAAGUUCUUGGCCGUGGUAGGAGAAAGGUGGUUGAGUGGCAGUCAGUGA